AUGGCGCCCCAGGCAGGCAAAGACUCCAUCACCUGCCACGUCCUCGACACGACGGCCGGCCGCCCCGCCAAGGGCAUCCGCGUCGUCCUCGAGCAGACGAGCUCCUCGGCGGCCGCCGCGGGCCAGGCCCAGCCCGCCACCUUUGAGGCACGCACCGACGACGACGGCCGCAUCACGAGGUGGCAGGCCACGGGCGCGGCCUCAUCGUCCCUGACCGUCGAUGACGUGCUCGCCUCCGUCAAGGGCGCGUCCCGCUGGGCGCUGCGCUUCGACACCGAGAGCUACUUUGGUGAGGGCAAGACCUUCUUCCCCGAGGCCACCAUCAUCUUCCGCGUCGACGAGGGACAGCACUAUCACGUCCCCCUGCUGCUGAGCCCCUACAGCUACACCACCUACCGGGGCAGCUAG